GGUGUGGUCAAACGCGCUUUUUGCGUAAAUCUAAACAAUAAAAACAAUAAAAAGGGAGAGCACCUUCGCUGAUAUCGAAAUGUAUAAUUUCAAAGAAAUCAGUUGUUCGCUGAGCAGAUAUUCGACUCUACUUGAUUGUGAGAAACUCCGACACAUUCAGUCGCUUGCGCCGGUAUAUAGAAAUAACCGAGGGCCAAACACAAACCUACUGCUUCAGGUUGCCAAGCAACAGUGCUUUCAAACAAACCAAUGUUAGUUACUAUUCCCUUCAGUCCAAUAAUUGUUGCUUUAGACAGUAAUAAAAUAAGCACAAAUGUCGUACAGAGAAGUGAGAAAUUUGCUCGAAAUGCUACGAGCUUUGGAGUACCCGAACUUGAUAUCGAUGGAGAGCUUUAGAAAAAACAACUUUGCGCUCAUUGCCGACAUUUUGGUGUGGCUUGCAAAACUGUUUGAUCCCGAUACCCACAUACCUCUAGAAAUAUCCACCGAAGACGAUAGAGUUAAAUUUAUUCGAAAUGUUGCUCAAUUUAUGGCUCUGAAAGGCAGCGUAAAGCUGAAUACGAAAAGAUUAUACCAAGCUGAUGGUUAUUCAGUUAAAGAACUUUUAAAAAUAACCACUCUUCUGUACAAUGCACUGAGCACCGAUUUGGACGCUGAAGAUGAUGACGAAAAUAACGAUAGUUUCAGUUUCCGAGAUUUUGACAUUUCCGACAAGGUGAGCGAAUUGAAACUCUCCAGACAACUAGCUAGCGAGAUUACAACGACUGGGGCAACAUUGUUUGAUUUGCUUGGAAAAGAAGUGAACCUAAGAUCGGAACGGCAGAAAAGUAUUGGCAGACAAUUCGAAAUAUCAGAGGUGGAGGAAGGUAUAAAAAAAGCUAUAGAAUCAGUAUCCGCGGAAAUAUCCGAGACGGAGCAGCUGAUUGAAAAUUACACGGCGACGGAAGCGAGCAUUGAUUCAAAAAUAGAGAGAAGAAAAAUUGAAUUGGACAGAUUCGAAAAGAGACUGCAGACGCUUAAGAAAGUCAGGCCUGCAUUUUUGGAAGAAUUCACCACUUUGGAACACGAGCUCGAACAUCUCUUCGUACAGUACUCCGUUCGUCGACGUUGUCUCAACUUGCUGGAAAAGCAGUUCGCGGACUCGGAAAGAAUACAGCUGGAAAAGCAGCUGCAGACCAUCAAGCCGUCUAUUCAGACCGUUCCUUUAGAGAAUCCAGACAGGAUCGAUUCGCUCGUCGACCUUGAAAUCGACCAAGAACAAAGGCCCGGGGCAAUUAACAGACAGGACAGGCCUAGACCAAGUACGGGAGGUCGAAAAUCGCAACGGACUCAGCAAUCUUUCGGAAGCAUGCGACCGCCCAUCUCAGGGAGUCAAUCGUCGUUGGACUUGAGUUCCGACACCGAGACUGACGAUUUAUUCGUAGACAAGGAGGAGCCCGAACUUAUGCACUCAGACGAGGAAUCGUUAGCUCUGGAGUUGUCCGGAAUCGAUCGAAGGGCGCCGACAGUCAGGAAGACCAGUAGCAGGAUGCAGGAACAAAACAGCGACGAUGAUUUUUAGACGAAAAGGAAAAUCACCCAAAGUAUAAUGGAUUAAAAAUUUUAUUCGUUAAUAAAUAAAUAUACGCAUAGAAUAUAUAAAUAAAUAUAAAACGUAAAGCAUAUCACAUAUCACCUAUGUUGGCAGCCUAAUAGCCGGUUACUAAUAUUAUAAUACAUGAAACGCAAAUGGGAUUUGCGAACGUACUAGGGUAGUCAUGGUGACGUCAUAGCAAGUCAGUCAGGUCUUGGUAGUAAAUAAUCUGCAAUAAAUCCUCGGUCAGUCAUUGGUCUUUAUUCUCAGUCUAGUUAUCAGAAAUAUAUUAGUGAUUUUGUCGGGUGAAAAUGUCAAGUCAGAUUUUGCGGAUGAAGAAGAAGAUAUAUUACUGGCGUGAGGAGAGUCCUGAGAACACGGUCUCAAUCGUAUGUUGUCACUGAUAAGGCAUAGUCAUAGUUGCGACGCAACAAUGCUUUUCUUUAUGUCACUAAAUACUAACGUUGUUAAAGGGAAAGCCUGGUUUUAAUUUUGUAUCAUUUGUCUGUCAGUCGUUAGUCUGGACGUUUAAGUUGUGAGUUGGCCUUUUUCUGCGGGUCGAAUCUACCUUUUUUUAAGGGGUUGGAGCUUAGAUGUCGUCGUUGUCAGUCUUUUGUUGGGUAAGGUGUAGAUUUCAGUCAGUCUCGUUUGGUCUAGUCGAUGUUUUUCGAUAUGUAAUGCUUCGCUUUCGUGCCGUCGGUUCUUUCAUAUUAAAGCAAAUGGACGCUUUGACCUAACGUUGUUUCCAAAAUAUCCUUUAACAUUUAAUUACG